AGUGAAUACUGUGUUCACUGUAGUGAACACUUGUGUACUGAUAACAACCGGUGUACACCGUAUUUCCCACACGACGGCCAAUAUAUCGAUACAUCAAAGAGAGUGAUAGAGAUAUACACAACCAUGCAUUUACACCCCACCACAUGGCCGGGCCGUUCACUGCCAAUACUACUGCUGGCCAUCGGGUGGUGGCUGUGCUGUUGGUGUCUGCAUCCCAGCGCCGGUAUGACAGUAACAAUGAGCCCAACCAAUCAGAAAGUGUUUGACAACUCCAACAUCACCUUGGUGUGCAUAGCAUCGGCCAACAAUCAUACCGGUAACCUGUCGCUAAGCGCCAGGGCUCGCAUGUUCUUGGUACUAUUGACCAUACCCAGGGGUGGCCAGGCUCACCAGGUACAGGGUGUGCUGCAUUGCGACGCCCGGCGUACCCGGUGCGAGAGCGAGUUCAAUUUGGCCGUAGACUGUAUUAGCGAUCGGAUUAAUAUAUCCAAACCGAUGGACACACUGGAGACAGCGUGUCAGUUAAAUGACGAGACUAUUUGCUCCAAUGAUUGGCUUCAAAAGCACCGCGAUGAUUGUGUGACACUCGGUAAAUUGACCGUUAUUAAAGGAUUACGAGGGUUUGAAUCCAUAGAGCAAAACGUC